CCCGUUUCUGUUCGGUAUUUGCGUGGAGUUAAAGUUUAGCUUGUAACACCAUUUAAUGCUUCGCCUUAGCAUUUGAGAGAGAAAGACAUUUUAAGUUCUGCAGGAUCAUUUCUGGAGCGAACGAGAUAUUUGUGCGCGUUGAAUUUGUCUUCACUGUUUAUGAAAGUUGGGAUGUUUAAUAGUAACGUGCACCAUUGAUGGACCAAUGUGCUUGUGAGCUGGGGUGUUCUUCCCGCUUUUGUUCAGUUCCUUUCAGUUGAUAGAAAUUCCUGCGAGGGGCGUGUUCUGAUGAGCUGAUACUAUUUACGUCUGAUGACCUAUAAGGGAGUGCACCUUUGUGGGAGGAGGAAUGCUUCAGUCAGUUUCAUGUGAAAAUGAAUUGGUGGUUUCAAAACAAAGUGAUUUCGAAAGAGGGUGGUUUUAAGGUUUCUACUCUCUGUUACUGGGAAUUGAGCUGCUUCUUUAUCGUACAUAGAACGCCUAUUUCUUCAAGUUUGGAAGUCAUAAUCAACGGACUUCAUCAUUCAGGCACCCAGUGACUGGGCAGAUUUCACCAGAAAACACUGAGUACAUACUGAAAGAACAACCAAAUACUCAAAUGUCCAGACAACAAACAGACCAAAGGCCGCAAAGUAUGAUCAGCGAGACCUCAACAGCAGUAACUGUAUCCACGGUAGAUCCUGGUCCAGGCUCAAAGGUUUCAAAACCAAGUGGCAAAAUCCAUAGCUUUGGGAAGAGAGAACAGUCGAGCAAGAGGAACCCAAAUGCUCCAGUUGUGGUGAGAGGAUGGCUUUACAAGCAGGACAGUUCUGGAAUGAGACUGUGGAAACGCCGAUGGUUUGCACUUUCAGAAUAUUGUCUGUUCUAUUACAAAGACAGCAGAGAGGAGACUGUAUUGGGCAGCAUUCCUUUACCUAGUUAUGUAAUCUCACCGGUUGACCCUGAAGAUCAUAUAAGUCGGAAAUAUGCUUUCAAGGCAACCCAUACAGGCAUGCGGACAUACAUGUAUAGUAAGAAUUCUGUUCUUGGCUCGCAGGCAGACCACAGUGGUAUGAGAACGUAUUAUUUCAGUGCCGAUACACAAGAGGACAUGAAUGGCUGGAUCAGAGCAAUGAACCAAGCUGCACUUAUGCAAGCAUACACUUUAAGGAGAGAACCAGAAAAAGCUGAAAGACCUCGCCUUACUCGGAACAACUACAUCAACUCUUAUAAGGGCUUAACAAAGGCAGAAGUGCUUCAGAGCAGAGACAGCGCUGGGAGACCCCGAGAUGAAAAGUUUGGGUUUGAAAAAUAUGACGAAAUAAAGAAAGAUUGGGAUGAUGAAGAGAGAUAUGGUUUUCAAAAGGAGCCAAUGGAGAUACUGCCCCAAAGAGUGAAUAAGAACAAGAUGCAAACAAGUUCCAUGGAACGUGACAUGUUUCCACAGCGUCGUCCUUUGUCUCAUCCACAAUCCGCACAACGUAAUGGCACAAUUCAGCCUCCCACUAGUGCUGCUCUGAUAGACCAGAAUGGUGCUGAUCUUUAUCGGAGGGAGUUUGGGCCUGGAAUGGAAACAGCGAAAAAUGUCCAGCGGAAAAGUUCCAUGGUGCAGGUGGAACACUGGGUGAAAUCUCACAAAGGAGGCAGUAAAAGCCAUGCAUCUGCUCAGACCCUUCCACACCGUACACUAAGUCAACCUCAGCCUUACCCAGAGAAUUACCAAACUCUGCCAAAGAAUAUCGGGCAACCUUCAGAAAGUUCCCUUGGUACAAAUCAUAACCUACCGAGUGAUUACAAGUAUGCUCAGGACCGUGUUAGUCACUUAAAAAUGUCAAAUGAAGAUCGAAAGGCCACUAAGGAGGGCACUGUAUGGCAGCUGUAUGAGUGGCAGCAGAGGCAGCAGUUUAAGCAUGGCAGCCCCACUGCACCACUCUAUCCCUCACAUAUCACAGACUUUGACUCUGGCCUAGUAAAAUCUGCCUUUGAUGUUCCUCGUUCGAUCUCUGUCCCUCCAUCUCCCUCAGAGAUACCACCACCAGGUCCUCCUAAAGCCUUCUCACCCAGAAGACCCCACACCCCAGCAGAAAGAGUCACUGUCAAACCCUCGGAGAAAAGGCCAGCUGAGAUCUUCUUAUCGGGAUCUCCAAGAAGAACCCAUGGCACUUUGACAAAGAGUUCGGCACACAUUGACAGACGCUCGAUGCCUCCCAUGGGUUACAUGACACACACUGUCAGUGCCCCUAGCUUGCAUGGAAAGACACCAGAAGAACUAACUUUACUGCUCAUUCGAUUACGGAGACAUCAAUCCAAGCUGGCUAAUGUUCGAAAUCAUACUUUUACCCAGUUACAACUAAACAAGCUGAGCCAAUCCAACCAUCAGGCUGAUGACACAUACAUGCAACUGAAGAAAAACCUGGAGUACCUCGAUCUAAAGAUGAAAUCUAAUAUACCUUUGAUCAACAUGGUUCACAGAAUCUUAACGAAAGUCACACCAACGUUUCGACCCAGUUUCCAAGUGACUGGACAAGAACCAAUCAGACGUGUUGUGCAACCAGUUAAAAUUGCUGAAAGCAACGCUGAUGCUAAACUGAGCAGACUUUGUGAACGGGACAAAAGUCUUCAAGAUCUGGAAGCCAAAGUUCGGCAACUGAAAGCAGAUAAGGACAAGCUUGAAUCAGUACUGGAGGUAACCCACAGACAACUGGAUCAAUAUAAAGGACAGCCAACUCAUACUGAGAAGAUUGCCUAUCAACAGCGGCUGCUACAAGAGGAUCUGGUUCAAAUCCGAGCUGAGAUUUCCAAAGUCUGCACAGAAUUGGAAAAUGCGUGGAAAGAAUAUGAGCAGACGGAAAACGAUGUGAACCAGCUCAAGGAAGCAAUCCUUGGAUACCUGAAAAUGGCACCAAGCCCCCAGGAUCAAGAACGGAUAAGAAAGGAUCUGAGGAGGAUUGAGGAUGUCAUGGCAGGCCUCAGUGUGAAUAAGAACAACUAUAAAAUGAUCAUUGAAUCUAUUCAGAAUCCUGAAAGAGAAACCAUGCCUUCAGUGCCUUCCUCAAUGGUGCCUUCAGUAAUGAAUACAUUCUCAGUGAAAGAGGGGCGAACUAGCAUGCAGCUGAGUCCCUCAGUGAGUCCAGUGCUGUCACCUCCAGAGCCUGUGGAAACACAAUUUCAACCUCAACAACAGCCUGUUAAUCUGCCACCAUUCAAACCUCAACCUCUGCCUCAGUUCAGACAACAUCUAACGGUGCUAGAGGAUCAAGCUCCACCUCGACCACCUCUCCCUCACAUGUAUAGCCCUGAUGAUGAACCACCAGCUGUACCACCUCUUCCAAAAGAUGCUACAGUCAUCAGGCAUACAUCAGUCAGGGGACUGAAACGCCAAUCUGAUGAAAGGAAGAGAGACCGGGAGUUUGGCCAAUAUUUGAAUGGAGAUUACAAAACUGAACUGCGUACUUACAUGAGUGAACCUGAACUCAUAUCACUUGGGAAUGGCCUCAACAGGUCCACGGCUGGAGCCUUUGGCCUAGACAAUGGUUUGCAGACACUGCCUGGUAAAGGAUUGUCGUCAUCUAACUCAGGGCUACAGCAAUCAUCAACCAUAGCAUCUUUUGUCACACUUAGGCGGAAAAAUGAUGAAAUUAGUUCUAAGGAAAGGCCAAAAAGUGCCUUGGAGCGUCUCUAUGGAGAACACCAAAGAGGCAGAAUGAGUGCAGAGGAACAGUUGGAACGUAUGAAGAAGCAUCAGAAGGCUUUGGUUCGUGAGCGAAAGAGAACGCUGAGUCUUGGAGAACGACACUCCACAUCAUCUCGGACCUCUUCCAGACCAGUCUCUGUUGAUGCUGGCUCAUGGAAACGUGAACAAGAGUUUGAUUUACAGUUAUUGGAAAAAGCUGUGAAAGGAGAACAUAACAAUCUUCAAGAUGGGCUUAUAAAGCAGGCAGUACCAGCAGUGGAAGCCGAUGUGGAGCCAUUAGACUACGAUCUGGAUCUCAGCAAAGAGUUAUCAAAGCCAGACAUGGUUCUAAUUCCAGAACGCUACAUAGAGUUGGAGCCUGAGGAACCACUCAGCAAUGAGGAAUGGGAGGCAAGGAGGCGCAAAGUUCAAAAAAUCAAAAACAUCCUUUCCAAAUUGAGUUACCAGAAUGUGCAACCAGGAGUUAACUACAUCAGUGAGAACUCCUCUGAUCUCGAUUCACAGUUGCAAGAACGGGAACGCAUCAUCACUAUGUCCUAUGCAUUAGCAUCUGAGGCUUCCCAGCGCAGCAAAAUAGUAGCAGCAUCCCAGGAAUUGGACAAUAUUGAAUUAGAUUACAAAGUAACGUGUAAGCAACUGCGUGUGUGUACAUUCGAUGAGAGUACAAAGUUCGAUGCCCUUUUGGUUGAGCAAUCUCAUGACAGUUGCCAUCUACAAUUGAGUCUGACACCGGGAUCUUAUCCUCGCUUGUCUCAACAGCAGGUCCAUUCGUCUUCAGCACCUUCCCCUCCUCACUCCCCUCUUAGCAAUGGAUUCCACUACACAUUUGUCUAAGCAAACCAAAGCCCUGGCUGAACACUAAUAAUACAGAGGAGCAAAGAAUGGAACAAAAAGAAAAUUGCAAGAAACCUGCAAAGCUGAUCUGAUGGAGGACAACAUUGCAUUGCAAUUAACUUGUACUAACCAGCCAGGAACAGAAGUAAUUACGUCAAUUUGUUUUUUCUACUAAAACAAACAAGGGCAACUUUUCUUUCGGAAGCAAUGAAGCAGGAUUAUAAAAACACUCACUCACUGGAUUAAGUAUUUAAAAGGCAAACUAUUUUUCUAAAACUUAAAGGAUGCAGAAACAUUCACGGUGGAAGUUUGGGUGACUCAGAUAUUGGAAACUAAUUUUUUUCUUAACACAGCAGAAGUAUGUGAAGUAGAUUAACUUUUCUAAAACAAAACAUAUAUAAUGGUAUUGCACUUUAUACAUAUACCAUAAAAAGCUGAUUUGCUGCAUUUUAGAAUCAGAAUGUAUUAAAAUAGAUUUGUACAAAACAUGCAAUUGUUCAGAGCAAUUUUGCAGUGUUGUGAAAUAUGUUUAAUUUUAUUAGCCUGUUUUCAGCUGCAAUAUUAUAAUGUAUUCCAAUGGCGGCUACAAAUAUUCAUAAGAAAAAGGACCAAUUCCAUGGUUCUCAUAAUUUACAUAAAAACACUGAUCUAUUUUUGAACCGGAAAUUAAAAUGUGAUAUUCCUACACUUUUUGGAUCAACUUUAAAAUGAGUUUAUUUUGUCUGAAUUGAGCACUGCCAGAAUGAAUUAUAUUGCCAAAACCAAAUGGAUUUCAUUGUCAUUUCUGCGUGGACUCUUGCAAAGUGAAAAGCACAGUGAAAAGAUAUUUUGGAAGAUAAUGAUGGAGCAUAGACACAUUUUUGUAAUUUGCAAGGGAAAAGAUUGCAUAUGUGUAAAUAUUAAACAAAAAUUCAACAGGA